AGCAACUCAUAAAAAGCUCCGACGCAAUGGCUUCCGCAUCUAGUUCAAGUGCACGACAUCUUUUUGAUGAUUCCAAGAAGCGGCUGUGCGCUCGUGUGGGCGUAAAUGUCAAUAAUUUAGGCUCUGUAGCGAGGCAAAUUGUGAGGGGCUCCAAAACCAAUGAGAUAAUGCAUCAGACACUCAAAAACUUUACCCAGGUCGAUGUGGUGUCCGAUUAUAGUUCAUCAAAUCUGAAUAAAAUGACGCUCAUACUCCAGCAUGUGGGCUAUCAGUAUGAUGUUAUGCAGGACAGCGUAAAUCAUUUGGAUUAUCUGAAGGAGCAGGUUACGGCCAUGGAAAGAUGAUUGGAAGAGCAAAAACCUAGACAUUAGAAC